GACAUUCUAUCACUCACCUGUCGUCGUUCGUAGACUGCUGCUGGCUGACCGUCAACGUGUCUGUGUUGGUGUGCGUGUAUUGCACCAACAACAGCCAGCAACGAGCACCCAACUUCCUGCGCAAGCUCGUGCAUCUGUAUUGGUGAGCUUGCGGAAAAGCGGAAAUCUUUUGACACAAGCAACAAGCGGCGACAUUUUGCCCCCCUCUAACCACCCCAUUGCCUCCCUCUCUCAUCCAACCAGAUUAGUCCACAGUGUUAUCGAAGGAAGCCCUAAUCCCCGAGCGUGUCGUGUUUUCUGAUCCGAGUAGGCUUUACAAAGCAUCCAUAACCUCUUUCGGUUUGUUCGACAGGUGCAACAAUCCAAGUGUACUUUGGAAAUCUAGUGUGCGGUGUGAAAUAGUGAAAUAGAGUGCUCGAAGAGCCCGAAAAAAUCAAUCCCCUUAUCAAAUCGUAUUCCUUUAUGGUGCUAUCUCUCCGCUGGAUUCCCGUAGUUUUUCCGUGGUGCAAAAGUGAAAAAGUGUGAGUGCACAAGUCCGCAAGGAAAGCAACAAGAAAGACGCGCAACAGUCAGUCAGCCAGCCUUGUGGAAAAUCGGCGGGACGGGAUAGUGGAAGAACAACCCUUGUGCGAAGCAUACAAAAUAGGGUUUCGCGAAAAGUCGCCUUCAAGCAGCUUGCCACGCGAGGACGCAAAGGAACACAAGAGUCCCGUUCACGGAGCAGCACGCGGGGCCACCCUUGUCUGUGUAUUGAUUGUAUAAUCACUAGCACCCAAUAAUUUCCAGACAAUCGUUCUGAGCAGCGCGCACGCGGGUCCAGCCCAGAGCACAGUGUCGCGCCGUCAGUUUUGCGUAGUGUGCCUUCGGAAUCACACACCCCGAAAAUAAUCCACAAUCCAGUCGCGUUCAUCUAAAACCAAGUUUUUUUCUGUGUUCUGUUGUUGUCCUAGCGUAUCGAUCCAGUGUUGUCGCGUCGAUUGUGUGGGCGGUUUGCAGAAUAUUUGUGAAACUGUGCAAUCUGUUUUCUGUCUGUGUUCCUUGUGUCUCUCUUAUCCUCGUAACCCUUUAUUGUGUGGAGGAGUUUGUCCCUUCCUUUCUCCAGGAAAUUGUUGAAAACAAAAGUGGAACCCGUGCUAACAGUCUCGAUCGACGACGUCUCAGAGCGAGCGAAAGAGAGAGAAAGAAAGAGAGAGUAUUGCAGUUAAAGCGUUAAAACAAUCAUUGAAAGGAAAAGUGUCUUCCCCCUUUUUCGGUGUAACCCCGUCUGUCUGUAUUGCAGCGGUAACAAUCCCAUCGGUGAUCUUUGUUAGUUAAAUUUGCCACAGAAGAAUUUAUUUUGCGUGAAAAAGAGAGAAAAUCUAGUAGUGUUACAAACGUAAACAGAAGAAAAGUAUUGCGUUCCACAAUCAAAGAAGCGUUAUAUCAAUCAAUCAAUCAAAAUCUAAUCAAAAAUCUUAUUGAAAAUAAGCCUGAAGUUCUAAAGUGUGUGUGAUACUGUCAAGUUCAAAACCGUAACUCGAAUAAAAAAGUGAUCUACAAUCAGCAGUCCUUCGGAAGGAAAGCGAAAGAAAACCAAGUGCAAUCAGUUCUGCAGAUCCAGACGUACACAACAAAACGUAAGCAGCGUAGCCGAGAUUCAGUUUCUCAUCUAUAACAUUCUGCACCUAUCGAAUUUCGUUCCUGGAAGCGACAGCACAUAUAUGUGCAAUUUUUCUUAAACUUGGCAGCAGCGCGCACGCGGGUCCAGCCCAGAGCAGAGUGUCGCGCCGUCAGUUUUGCGUAGUGUGCCUUCGGAAUCACACACCCCGAAAAUAAUCCACAAUCCAGUCGCGUUCGUCUGAAACCGAUUUUUUUGUUGUGUUCUGUUGUUGUCCUAGCGUAUCGAUCCAGUGUUGUCGCGUCGAUUGUGUGGGCGGUUUGCAGAAUAUUUGUGAAACUGUGCAAUCUGUUUUCUGUCUGUGUUCCUUGUGUCUCUCUUAUCCUCGUAACCCUUUAUUGUGUGGAGGAGUUUGUCCCUUCCUUUCUCCAAGGAAUUGUUGAAAACAAAAGUGGAACUCGUGCUAACAGUCUCGAUCGACGACGUCUCGGAGCGAGCGAAAGAGAGAGAAAGAAAGAGAGAGUAUUGCAGUUGAAGCGUUGAAACAAUCAUUGAAAGGAAAAGUGUCUUCCCCCUUUUUCGGUGCAACACCGUCUGUCUGUUAUUGCAGCGGUAACAAUCCCAACGGUGAUCUUUGUUAGUUAAAUUUGCCACAGAAGAGUUUAUUUUGCGUGAAAAAGAGAGAAAAUCUAGUAGUGUUACAAACGUAAACAGAAGAAAAGUAUUGCGUUCCACAAUCAAAGAAGCGUUAAAUCAAUCAAUCAAUCAAUCAAAAUCUAAUCAAAAAUCUUAUUGAAAAUAAGCCUGAAGUUCUAAAGUGUGUGUUUGUGAUACCGUCAAGUUCAAAACCGUAACUCAAAUAAAAAAGUGAUCUACAAUCAGCAGUCCUUCGGAAGGAAAGCGAAAGAAAACCAAGUGCAAUCAGUUCUGCAGAUCCAGACGUACACAACAGAAUCAAAGUAAAACGUAAGCAGCGUAGCCGAGAUUCAGUUUCUCAUCUAUAACAUUCUGCACCUAUCGAAUUUCGUUCCUGGAAGCGACAGCACAUAUAUGUGCAAUUUUUCUUAAACUUGGGUAGCGGCCAUGAUGUCCUGCCCCCUUCCAUUACCAUUACCACUUCUUCCACCAGCUUUGCACGCAGAUUUCCCUCCGGUCCACAUCGGAGUUAAGCGAGGUAGCGACGAACUCCUCAGUCAGGCAGCAGUCAUGGCACCAGCAUCGGACAACAACAACCAGGACCUGGCCACCAAGAAGGCCAAGCUGGAACCGAACACAGUGAUCGGCGUCGGUGCCAUCACCAAACCAUCGCGGGUGGUCCACAUCCGGAACAUCCCGAACGAGUCCAGCGAGGUGGACGUGAUGCACCUGGGGGUACCGUUCGGGCGCGUCACCAACGUCCUGGUGCUCAAGGGCAAGAACCAAGCCUUCCUGGAGAUGGCCGACGAAACGGCUGCCACCAGUAUGGUGACCAUGUUCACCGCCACGCCCCCCAUCGUCCGAGGCCGGACAGUGUACGUGCAGUUCAGCAACCACCGGGAGCUGAAGACCGACCAGAACCACACGGCCACGAACGUGACGCUGCAAACUCAGGACCUCACGCAGUCCCCGACGGGAUCGCCACUGCCACUGGCACUCGACCAUGCCAACACCAACUCGAACCCCGGCACCGGCACGGUGGGAUCGCUCGGUGGCACAACCCAGCAGGGUGGCCCCAACACCGUGCUGCGGGUCAUCGUGGAAUCGCUCCUCUACCCGGUGUCGCUGGACAUCCUGUACCAGAUUUUCCAACGGUUCGGCAAGGUGCUCAAGAUCGUCACCUUCACCAAGAACAACUCGUUCCAGGCCCUGAUCCAGUACCCGGACGCGGCCACCGCCCAGCUCGCCAAGCAAACCUUGGACGGCCAGAACAUCUACAACGGGUGCUGCACGCUCCGCAUCGACAACAGCAAGCUCACGUCGCUGAACGUCAAGUACAACAACGACAAAUCGCGGGACUACACCAACCCGACGCUGCCGUCCGGUGAGCCCGGCAGCGACGUCAUCGCCAGUGCCGGCGGCCUUGUGUCGGCCGGCGAUCUGCUCCUGCUGGCGGCCGGCCAGCGCCCGCAGCUGGCCCGGGAUCGACUAGUCAAAUUAGACAAAUCUCCCUAUUUUCUAGUGAACGGCUUAGCGACGCCCGGUGUCAUUCCACCGUUCGGUCUAGGUCUGGGAACGCCGGCUCUGGCCAGCGCCUAUGGUGGCGCCCUGCCCAACCUGGGCGCCUUCGCCCUCGCCUCGAACGGUGCCCUCGGAACGCCCAACCCGUCUGUCCUGCGAGGACUCUCCAACGUACUGCUGGUGUCCAAUCUCAACGAGGAGAUGGUCACGCCUGAUGCUCUAUUUACCCUCUUUGGGGUGUAUGGUGAUGUACAACGUGUAAAGAUACUCUACAACAAGAAGGAUUCAGCACUCAUCCAGAUGGCUGAACCUCACCAAGCGUAUUUGGCUAUGACCCAUUUGGACAAGCUCCGCAUCUGGAACAAGACGAUCCGCGUAAUGGCCAGCAAGCAUCAGGCGGUGCAGCUGCCCAAGGAGGGCCAACCGGACGCCGGUCUGACCCGGGACUACGCACAGAACCCGCUUCAUCGGUUCAAGAAGCCGGGCAGCAAAAACUACCAGAACAUCUAUCCACCGUCUGCCACACUGCAUUUAAGCAACAUUCCAGCUACCGUCACCGAGGAGGAGAUUAAAGAAGCCUUCACCAAAAAUGGCUUCGAAGUCAAAGCUUUCAAAUUUUUCCCCAAGGACCACAAGAUGGCCCUGAUACAGCUCAGCUCGAUCGAGGAGGCCGUGUGCGCACUGAUCAAGAUGCACAACUACCAGCUCUCGGAAUCGAACCAUCUGCGUGUCAGUUUUUCCAAAUCCAACAUCUAAAUGUGUGUGUGCGCGAGAUUCUGGUGCACCCAAAUAUAUCCCAGGCACACAUACCCACACACCCGCAUCAACCAGUUUAAUAGUAGUAGUGUCCAGCACCACCACCACCACCACCACCAACCGUCACCGAUCUAGUGUUUAGAGUUCAUCAUCAAUCAUCAUUAUUUCGUUUGUUUAGAGGUUAGAAUUUAAGGAAGAACCCCCCAUAGGAAUUUGCUCUCAGUCCCUCAACACAGAUACAUACACCGAACCGAAACGCUGGUUUGAUUUAGGAUGUGGGAAUGGACUACUGACUGUACUGAAUCAGUAGGAAGUUCACAUACUCACAACUCACACACACACCUACAGAGACAGAAACCCGUAAACAAAGAGCAACCCAAUGCGAGCAGAUGAGACUGAUGGAUCGAUUUCGAAGAAGUGGGAUAUGAGGAACUAGCGCGUUGUUACAGAGAGCGGAACGAAAAUGAGGGUUUGGAGAGGGAAUGGAAUGGAGACAGGUCGAGUUCGUCGUCAUCUCUUACACUCACACACACAAACACAAUCAUACUAGAACGUACCACCACUACUAUAUGAAAAUGAAGAAUCAAAGCUACCCACUAGUACUACUAUACUUUUAAAAAAAAUCUACACACCUUUUCUCAGUAGUUGUUGUACACCGCAAAAGAAGAAGAAAAAGACGUUUGCUGCGCCAUUGCUCUGAUUGAAAUCCGAUUACACACAAAUGCGCGUUGACACACCGAAAUGGGGCUUGGCCAAAAAGCACAUAGACACACAUACUGAUGAAUCCUACACUGAAACAAAAAGAAAAAAAACAAAUGUAAAUUGAAAAAUGUGUAAUCUUUUUACCUUAGAACAAGAAGAUGAUAACAAGAAGCGUUAAAUGGGAACAAAUUAUACCUAUAACAAAACAAAAAAAAAACUAGAAGAAAACUAAACUUAUCAGUUCAGAGUAAAAAAAACAGGUGUAGAAAAAUGUAAUGGGAAGAUUUAAGUAGGUGGUGUGACACAGAGACUAAAGAAAGGAGGAGAAAAAAAGCUGUAGCAAAAUGUAUUUAAGUGUACAUCCCCCCCUCUGUGAAAAAAAAAGAAACAAUGGAAGCAGAAGUAGUUGAAUUUUCCAAUGCGUGUUGAAUCAAAACAAACAACCUAAUUCUAGCGGAGAGCAGAUCUGAUCAUCUUUUUGAAUAGUAUCAAUUUAAUAAACGAAGAAAAAAAACAAGGAGAAUCAAAGAGCGCGAGAAUGGAGCGAGACGCGAGCGAGCGAGCGCGCGCGCAAUCAUUCGCAUUUUACUUCCAGUUUUCUCUCAGUUAGUACUACACUCUUAAACUAAAAACCUAGCUAAAACGGCUACAUUUAUAACAAAUUUACGAUUACACUACUUUUAUACCUUUAUGAAAAGCAACAAUGGCAAACUAUAUUCUUUAAAAAGUAUAUGUGAACAAAGAUAAAACUAAAAUGUGAAUUAUGAAUCUUGGUGGCUGGUUUUUAAUUUUUACCUAUUUGUGUUAGAUUUUACCUAUUUUUAGCCCUAUACUAUGACGAUGGUGUACACACACCUUAAUUAGUCUAUAUACUUCCCCUAGCUAUUGUUUAUUGAAUGCAAUCACACUCACUCGCACACCGGAAGAGGAUGAAACGCCGACUUGAAAGUUCUAUAACGGCUGACUUUUUUCUUUCUUCUCUCGGUGUGCACGUUUACAAGUAUGGCGACGAUCUGUUACAAACACAUAGAAGAAAGAGAGAGAGAGAGCGAGAGCGAAAGCAAGAGAGAGUGUGCGUGAAAGAGCAAGACCGAAAGCGAAGCAACGCUAGCAGUCGUAGGAGUAUGACAAGAAGAGGAGUUCGAGGGAACUCGAAGGAAAACAAUUACACUACUGUAUUAUUAACAGAUAGUUAGAGUCUAGUUUAUGGAAUAUUUUUUUUUUAUUUUUACAAUUUAUUAUAUUUAAAUUUACGAAACAACAGAGAACAGGAGAAGAAGAAGCAGCUCGGAAAUAAUGCAAAGCAAGCGCAGAGGAAAGCGAAACGACGAAUAAUUUCCAGUAUUGUUUAAUUGUAGAAUUGUUAUUACUGUUUGGGCGUGGUUUGUAAAGUGGGCGGGGCCUAGCCUACUGAGUCGAGUAGGCGGGAUUGAAGAGUCUCGCGUGACGAGACUCGAGCUAGGAAAGAGACAGGUUAUAUUUGUUCAUAGGGUGUCAGCCCCGCCCGUCACAACCCCCGACUAUCGACCGUUAUUUACACUCUCAGUCUAAGUUGUAGUUAUUUAUACCGAGACACAUUUACAAUAGAGCUUUAGUGUGUAAGCAAGGCAGGGCGGGGAAGAAGAGGUAGAACCGGGUGAGAUUCGUUUUGUGUCUGUCUUAGUUGCAAUAGUUUCCGCCGCAGGGCCGCCAGGGAGUCCGCAGGGCUGACCGACCGCCCGCGUGGACGUGGCCGAGGGCAAAGAAUCUCAGGUAUAGAAUUGUUCACCCCGGGCGCACGCGCGCGUGCGAAUGGCGACGACGUUUUAGGCGGGUACGAAGGGCCUCGCGGCGGGCGCAAACAUCGUGAUUGUGAUUGUCGAAUCAUUUAUUAGUAGGACGAUAGUUGUGUAAAUCUUUAAGGGUUAUUAUUAUUGCUCGAACGUGGUUUUGGGAAUUGGAGAGGAAACGGAGGUAUGGAAUUGAUGCCCCCUCCUUCAGAAAAGCAGCCGAAGAUCGCUUCCUGCCUCCGGGAAAUAUGUGAUUUGCUUUGUGAUCAUUUGCCAAAUAGAAUGCGCGUGUGUGUUAUGAAACAAACGAGAAUAACAAAAUAAAAACACGGACAAAAUUUGCUGGAAAACUUCUAAAUUUCCCACUAUCGAUGCGUUUUCUCCCUCCUGCUAUCACUUUUUUUUUCGAAAUAUCGCGUGAAAUGAUUUUCACUGAGGUUCAUUGAUAAUCUCAGCAAAGCCCAACUGAUAAUCAGUUGACAUUUGCAAGGAAAUUGCUGAAUGUCAUUCAGUUAUCAGACAUGUUUGGUUCAAAAUUAAAUUUUGCUUUGAAAUUCGAAAAUCGAUCUGCGAAACAAAUUUACAGUGUACCUUCUGAGUUUGUCGUUUUUUGAUGUGUUCAGUCGCGUAACUAGAUGUCGCACUCGCACACAGUAGGCGGGCGGUAUUUUCCCAUCCCGCCCGCCAGUCGGCGCGCUCUUUCCCCUCGUCGAAAGUGAGACAAAAACUCGUGUGUCAAAUGAAACAGGUAUAUUAGAGAGCACGUUCGUUGUUAAUGGCGGCGGUGCGUGGUGAGAGAAAAUCAAUCAUAUUUUGUAAUGAUGGCGAAAAAACCACAAACACACACACACAAAUACACUGCUGAAAACAAUCAUUCGAGUGCGUGACCGUGAGAGCGAUAGACGCGAGAGCGAGAAUGCCAGAGAGCGAGCGAGACAAUUCAUCAGAGGAGGAAGGCCGAAGAACAAUGGAAAUGGUGUACUCUCACGCACGCGGACCGAAACCGACAACAAAAAAAAAAGAAACCUAGUGACAGAGAUAGUAGGCGUUGCAUUUUUUGAGCUUAUCGAAGAAAAUCAGAGCGAAGUAGGCGGAGGACACUUAGACAGACACGUAGUCCUACGUCAAAACAAUCGGUUAAUUAUAUAUUGGAAGAAUCUGAGAGAGAGCGAAACAAAGCAUUGGAAAAGCCGGAAGAAAUCAUAGUAAAAUUAAACUAUAAAAAGUGGUGAUUAAAUCAUUAAAACAGUUUUUUAUGAUUAUUAUAAUAAACAAAGGUAUAUUAAAAACUAUAUAUUUAGAAUAUUAAUCUACAUUAAAAACAAGGAAUCAGAACACAAGUGUAAUGCAGAGAACGCGGGGUGAUCCAAAUUCAAAAAAGAAACGUAGAAAUAAAUGGGUAAAUACAAAAGCUAGGAACAAUUGAACAAAAAUAUUUACACACACAUACAUACAGAAUGACGUGAGAGGUGAGAGCAAAGGUGACAGCAGUUUACACAGAAGAAGUAAAAAACACGUGGUGACACAAGUGAAAAUCAUACGAACCCGGAGCCCGCCGCCGUUGCCCGCCUGUCAUCGUGUGGCGAGGGACGUUUGGGCCAAAAAACGCAAGGGCAAGCUAGCUGACAGCUGACAGAGGGAGAGACAGAGAAAUUCGAAUAAUGAAUAUGAGAAAUCUCGACAAUCAGAUGAUGUUAUAUUUUAGCGAUAAAUCUUUAAUCUUCAAUCUCUAUUAUUAUAUACUAUUGUGAAUGGAACAAAAUAAAAACAAACUACAGAAACAAACAAGGAAAGACGUGAACAUUUUCUUAUUGAACACUCACACUUACAACACACCAACACCCACACAAGCCAAUGAAAACAACGGCAGAGGGGUGCGACACAAAAUAAUUCGAAAUAUCCCGCCUCUGAUGCGGAUUAUCCCGCCAAAGCAUCCAAGUAAUCCGAUGCUCUGGUUCAGGUUUGCUGGGAUUUUUCAGUUCGAGUUCUCUUGUGUCACACCCCUUCUCGUUUGACAGUUGGGAGAUUCAAUACACGCUAAAGUGAAAUCAACCAAGCGUCACACAUAGAUACCCACACACCCACACAACUGCAAAAUGAAUCAAGUAAAUGGAUAUCAACUAUAGAAAACUAUCUUAUUAGCUAUGUACUAGUAGAGCGCCGGCGUUUGAACAAGGCGCAGGCAAAAAUCGUUGACACAUAACCCUCUUCUUUACUCGUAGCUGUUCACACCCCUUCUAAAGGAGCUGGAGAAACACGUAUCUAUUAAUUUUGCUUCAAUUUUUUUAUUUGCACACGCACACACAAAGUUACACCCACAUAUAUGCUAUCUACUAACUGUUAAGACAACACAAACACCCAUACACCUUAACACACAAACAGACCACAGCCCACACGCUAAAUUCGAACUGCACCCCUUUCAAACUUCUUCUUAGUUGUUAGAAAUGUAAAGAAAAAAAUGAAUCACAAACCAACGCGCGUGUACGAAGAAACAGAAGAACAGAUCGCUAAGGACAGGCAGGGACAGAGCCAGACAAAAAUAAAAACCAAGAAAUAAAGAGAGGGAAUUAAAGAGAUUUCAAAAGAAAACCGAAACACACUAAACUGGAAACGAUCAAAACUCGUGUUAUCGAUGCUAGCCAAAAGAUAUGUCGUUAGUAGGGAAAGAUGUUUUUUUUUUCUAUUAGUUAAAGUAAACUAAGUAAAUGCCAGAGACAAGAAGUGAACACACUGGAACUGUUUAUUUAGUGUUAAAUCUAUAAGUAGUGUUGUUACACUGUAAAACAUAACGUAAACAAAACCAACAAAAAAUGCAAAACAAAAUGACAACCGGACAGUGAACGCACCCUUCCCCCCAGUGCGUGAAAUUCUCUUUUCGCUGUAAAUCUUCCCGACUAUUUUUUUUUGUUUUCUGAUAACCAGGAACGGCAGCAACCUCUUUCGUUGUUUGACGUUUACCUUUCUCAUGUUUACACUCUCAAUGAUACUAAAGCAAACUCUCACAUACUAUCUUGAGAAUGCGAAAAACUAUCAUCCGCGUCCCUGAAUUGCUCUGCGAACAGUGAUGGAACAAGUGGAUCUAUCAACCUAUCAUUGUAUGACAAAAACAAACACACACACACAUCCAACACGCUAAACAAAAACCACACACACACACACGCAAAGUAAUUUAAAAAAUAUGCAAAAACGCAAACAAAAAAAACUUAUAUCAAUGUAUUUGAACUCUAAUCGAUUAAGAGAGAGAGAGACACACACACAGGAAGAAAGAGAGAAAGCGAGAGCGAGACAGCGCCAGCUGUCUCAAUGAUGAUGAUAAUGAUGUUCGUUCGUACUACUACGUUUAUGAAACACAAAACAAAAAAUUCCAAUCCUUGUAGCAAAGAAAAAAAGAAAAAUGAAAAACUAAACAGAAAAUCUAUAGAAUCGAGAAAAAAGCUGUGAGAAAAGGAGUUUUUCUUGAUUAUUACCUAUAUCUAUUAUUACUAUUAUUAUUAUUAUUUUUGAACCUCUUAUCCUGUAAGGCGCCCGAGAUGUGCAUUUGUGGCAACUGGAGAAAAAACAAAAUAAAAACGAAACUAUUAUUGCAAUAAUACAUCCUAAACUCUAAUUAUUUUUCUUAAGUUUAGAACCCUAGCAGCUAAGCGCGCGUUUAAGAAACUCCUUAUAUGCUUAUUUUUAGUUAUGAUCCCCCCCCCCUUUUGCUCCACUAUAAAUAGUUUCCCUCAAUGCUUAAGAUUAUAGUUUACGUGGUUCGUUCGUGGUCGCGGCUUCCCACCCCAUCACAGACAUCUUGGUAAGGUGGGAACCCCUCGCCGCAACAAGCGAACAACAUCGAUUCAGUAUUCAAUUUUUGUGUUUCUUUUUACGCUUUUCCCUCGAGAAUCACUAUCAGGAAGCGAGAGUGAGGCAGAGAGAGAAAGAAAAGGUCGCUUUCGUGCACUGCUGCUACAGCUUACUACACACACACGCGCGCGCUAAGAAUAUGCUAUUAUUACACGCGGUUAUCGUUAGGAAUCUUUAUCCAAUCUUCGUAGGAGAAAUGACACCCACACAUUCAAACGGAUAAUCCAUCCCGUAAAGGGAAGUGUGUCAAACUUAUAUCCAAGUUCUACUUUUAUUCAUUCUAUCACUACUAUUGCUGCUACUACUACUAUUUCUAUCACUACUACUACUACUACUUCUACUAUCACUACUAUAACUCUUAUGCUAUCACUAACUACUAUUACAACUACUUAUUGCUAAAAUUGCAAAAAAACGAAGGUUUUCUAAAACUACUUUACAACAACUUAGAAUGAUGCACCAUUUCCGAUCGGUAGAAGACGCACAUACACACAAACAUACCUACGUAGGGAACCAAGAAGAAGAAAAAAACCCGACUUCGGGACAUGACACUUUUCCCCCUUUGCGCCCUAGCCCUCUGUUAGAACCGUGGAUCGUCAUUUGCGAAACAAAACACUUACUAUUCGUACUCUACUCUUUUUUCAAAUCUUUUAUGUUGAAAAUUGAUUGCACUAAGGUUAGGGGUGAACAAUUCGACACCUAACAGGUGUUAAGAAGUGAACAGCGGAGUCCAUGGAAUAAGUUAGAAUUAUGAGGAAAUUUAAGGUUUCUUUCUGUCCUCAAAAUCGCAUUAGAUUGGAGUCGCACAGGUGUGGAAUUGUUACCCACUUUUCGAUGAUUUGUGUCUUCAAAAUGUGAAUCUCUUCUCAGCAUACAACUUACUCAUACCAGAUCAGGGGUGUUUAGGGGUAAACAACUCGAUACCUACACAGACAUCGAUUUCGAGAUGUACAGCAAAACAUUUACAGGUGGAAGAAGUCUUGAGUUUGUUGAAACACCUUGAAGGUCUAUCGCCUUCUGUCAUGUGGUACAACAGAAUCGAUCCCAAAAAUCAUUAAAAUUUAUUUGGAAAAUGCAGAAAAGUUCUCAUUUGGUUGGCAGUUAUGGCAUACGCUACUAGCCUCUCUCAAGCGUCAAUGAAGAUUUAACGGACAGGUGUGGAAUUGUGUCCUCCAAAUCAUAGAAAUCACUGAAUGAAGCGUAAUCACAAAGAGCUCACUUCAAACUGUGUGCUAAGUUUCGCUUCUUGAUAAGUCUUAAUCUUGAAAGGACGUCUACCAUCUGUCCUCAAAAUCACAUCAGAUUGCUUCGGACAGGUAUGGAAUUGUUCCCCACUUCUUAAUGAUUCUAAAUGUAUGUCUAUGAUGCAUGUUUUGACAUCUUCUAAAAUGUGACGUGAUUCAUGCUACAGGUGAAUCCCUUUAACCAGCUCGGGAUGUAUAAGAGUGGAAUAACUCGAUACCUACAAGAGUAGAUUUCGAGAUGUACAGUUCAACGCCUACAGGUGGAAGUUCUGUGAAACACGUUAGAGAUCGUAUCAUUUUCGGUCAAGAGGCGGAAUCGUUCCCAUUUGGUUGAAAGCUACGUACGUCAUACGCCAAGGAGCUACAAUUGGGUUUUUAAAUUAAGAAAAAUGUAUCGAUUUUUUGAUUUUAUACGAAAGAGCACCUUUUUCUGAGCCACUAUGAUUUUUUUUCAUAUUUUUAGCACUUUAUUUUGGUACCUAAAAUCAAUUUCAAAGAGAUUUUUUGAAAUCACCUUUUGACAGCUGGGUAACGGUUUGACAGCUCCACCCAGUACAAAAUGCGAUGAGGGGUGAUUCGACAAAUCGCUCCCAUACAAACUUCGCACCAAAAUUAAUGAAAAUUUGGAUUUCGGCUCAGUUUCGCAUGCAGAUUCAGAAUAUGGAAUUAUCUCAACACCGCUAAAGAAGCCAAUUCACUAGAAUGAGAUUCAAUUAAACACCGCUGAUCUUAAAAAUCAACGAAUGGCGAUUGAAUGGAUAGGUAUAGAAUUGUGUCCACCAAACCGAAGAAAUCACUGAAUGAGACAUGAUCACAAAUAAGGUUCUUCUGGCAAUGCUAUGGAAAGUUUUGCGCCUUAACGUUAAUCUUCAUACUUCAACUAAGGGUCUGUGUCAAUUGGCGAAUUAAAAUUAAUUUUCACUUAAAUUUGACAGUUCAACACUUAAACUUGACAGUUCUCCUAAGGAAAUAAUUAUCGAACUGUCAAGUUUAGGUGAAAAUUAAUUUUAAUUCGCCAAUUGACACAGAUUCUGAAAGCUUAGAGCAAACAAGUUUUAUGGAAGACUAGUCCUCCGACAUCUUAAGAAAUUAUAACUGAAUUGUAAGAAAUCAAUUUUGAUUGAAUUUACAAUUACCGUGAGGAACUCUAAGGUCUUCCAUCUGUCCUCCAAUUUGCAUUUGAUUGAUCCGAACAAGCUGUGGAAUCAUCCCCAGCGUUUCGUUCUCGAUUUAUGUCUUCAAAACGGAAAUCUUCUAAAACGAGGGGUGUUUCAUUCUUUUGAUAAAGCACUCAAUUCAGUUCUGGGUUUUUAGGAGGUGAACAACAAGCAUCAAUUUCUAGGUGCACAGCUUAACUCCCACAGGUGGAAGGAGUUCUGUGAAGCACGUUGGAAGUCUUUCAUCCGUCAUGGGGUAGAACAAACCCGGUCCUAAAACCACUAAAUUUCUUUGGAAAGAGGUGGAAUCCUUCCAAUUCAGGUUGAAAGUCACGGCAUAUGCCAUGGAGGAGCAAUCCACUAGAGUGAGAUUCGAUUUUCAGCAUCGCUUCUCUCAAAACUCAACGAAGAUUUAAUGGACAGGUGUAGAAUUGUGCCCUCCAAAUCACAUAGAUCACUGAAUGAGACAUGGUCACAAAGAAGUGUGGCAAGUUUUGAUUCUUGACAAGUAUAAUCUUGAAAGGACGAACUCUCUAAAGAGAACACUGUUGGAAAGAAAGACAAAUCCUCCGAAAUUUCAUAACGGACACGCAAGUAAUCUCAAUUUUGUGAUGAAUACGGAGGGCUGUACAGCUCAAUACCUACAGGUUGAUCUUGAAAAGAUACAUGGAGAGCUGUGCAAGUCAAGUGGAAAAUUGUGAAGCGACUCCAAGGAUCACUGGCAUAAUCCCAAAUGGGAAAAAUGAGAUUCGAUCUCUACAGUGAAAUCACUUCAAAUUCUGUUACUUUCAAGCAGGAAGCUGUUCAAUUGUACAUUCAAAGCCUAUGUCAUUCGAUAAGAUAAACACACACUCUGAGUUGAUCCUGAAUGGGAAAUACAUAGGUAUAUAUAAUUGUAAACUUCAAACCUCCAAAGCUACCGGAAGAGUCCCUGUAUGAUUUCGAAUUCUCAUAUCCAGGGGUGCUCAUAUACUUUUUCUUACAAUUUCACGGUCAACACUGGGCGCCUACUGUAAGCGUUGUUGUAUGAAAUCGUACUUCGUGCAACCUGUUCACCAGAUGGCAGUGACCAGGUGUAGAAUCAUGUGCCACCUUAAGCCUUCAAGGUUACUAAAUGUGAUACUGAGAUGGUUCCAGAUCAAGAAGUAAGGUUCAAGACAUUUUAAAUCAAGUCACUUUUAAAGAGGUGUAAAACUGUCCCCAAAGCUACUAAAGGCCAAUGGUGCGUUGUGAAUCUAUUGGUUUCGUCACUGAGAUGGUCCUAGAUGUAGAAGUGUUAUCAUCUCAUUGUAUGGGAUUCAUUCCAAUCCCGCAGGGUAAGAUCCUGUUCAACAUUUGCACCAGAUGGUGGUAGCUUGUAGUCGUUAUUUUCGAAGAAAUCGUACUAGUUGUUACGUUUUGGCUUUCAAGGUCCCUGAAUGAGUGACGAACCAUCUCGGUGAUUGGAUGCAGAAGUGAGGUUCAAUGAAGUUAUCGAUCAAGAACCAAGAGAUACGGAUAAAGAAUUAUUCUCCUGAAGCCGCUAAUUUAUAUUCCUCCACUUGAUUUGUGUCUUCAAAACGCAAAUCUACCAAAAUAAGGCACGUUUCAUCACGCAAUUCAGUUUAAGGAUGAACAACUCGAUAGCUACAGGCAUCCAUUUCGUAAUAUACAGCUCAAUACCUGCAGGUGGAAGAAGUGACGAGUUCUGCGAAAGACACCCACUGUCUGUCGUAUUUGCGUCAAAAACCCACUUGUUUUAAGAGGUGGAAUCAUUUCCAUUUGAAAGUAACGUCAUAAGCCAUGGAAGUACAAUUCACCUACUUACAAUGAUGUUUGAAUCAACCGCUUAUUUCGAAAGUCCAUGAAAAUUGUCUAUACCACUGGACAGGUGUAGAAUUGUGUCCUCUAUACCACCUUCAUUAAGACACGAGUCAGAUGAAGCGAAUAAAGAAUAAAUAAAUAAAUAAAUAAAUAAAUAAAUAGAAAACACUGAAUCUAGAUCUGCACCCAAUAAUUUCAGUCUGGGCGAUUCUACGUCCACUGGAUAAGAUCUACUUGGAUGUUGUGGUUGUAAUGGAGAUCUUUGUCAAUAUCGUGUGGAAUCGCACAAGCAUUGGACGGUAAGAUAGAAGAACACGGUCUCCUAUGUAUAAAUUAUUACUCAAGAAGAUAUAUUUCAAUGAACAAAUGCAGAAUUGACCAUGUUAUCAAUAUUUGAGAAAAAAAAACUAUGAUGUUAUUGCGAAGAUGCCAACUGUUUAGACUCCUGCGCGAAAAUAAGUUGCGUGAAUUUUUCUUGCGUGGGCCCACAGAUAUAAAAACAGACCACGUACGGGUGAAUAGUUACCGCUGCGUUGUUGAGUGCUCCAUUAGCUAUAGUUUUGCAUUAUUAACAUUUAUAAUGCGUCUUCGCUGAAAAUAAGCCUUAUCAUUUUUUCGCACCGGAAUCUAUAAAACUCAGCAAAAGGGCAAUAGAUAGGUGCAGAAUUGAGUACGUCAAGCGCAAACCUGUGACGCCACUUCAAGAAUCAUUGUCAUAAUCCCAGAUGUAGGAAUGAAAUGUGAUGCCCUUUGAGCAAAAUAACCGUAAAUUAGAUUACUUUAGGGCAGGAUGAUGAUGAUUUACUGUAGUCACUGAAAUGAUCCUGAAUGUGAAGUAGGUGUAGAAUCAUGUACCGUCUCAAGCCUUCAAGGUCACUUGAGGUACUGAGAUGGUCUUGAAAGUGGAAGUGAGGUCCAAUGAAGACUCUCUCAAAGAGAUAUCGGUGAAGAAUCAUUCUCUCGAAACCUUUGGAGUCGAGUCCUGCAAUUUGAAUCGACAAAGGGCAAGUCCCAGCGGUCGUCCUUGAUCUAACUGCAAUCAUUUGAUCCGGAGCCAUUCUAGGUUUACUGAACAAGAUCUAACUGGGUUUUACAACGAAGAUCUUCGCGAAUAUCGUGUAGAAUCGGACAAUUGGACGAAAAGAUAGAAGAUUACCGCGUUUAGUUAUCGCUGAAGAAGGUAUCUUUCAAUAAUCAGAUGUAGAAUUGAUCAUGUCAUCAACAUUUGAGGAAAACCCAUAAGGAGAUAGGAAUCACUCGAAAUCAGGCUACUUUUGAGUAGGAAGAUGAUGAUUUGUACAUUGAAAACCUAAGUCCCUUGAUGAGUCACUGAAAUGAUGAUCUCAAAGGUGAAAUAGGUAUGGAAUCAUGCACUACAAACCUUCAAACCCAUCGAAGGGGUUACUGUUCAUCGAAUGGCGGUAGUUUGAAGGAAUCGUUCCUAUUAAUAUGCCUGUGAUAAGGUGUAGAAUCAUGUUCUGCUUCAAGCCUUCAAGGAAUGAGUGACUAAGAUAGUUCUGGAUGAGGAACUGAUGUUCAAGCGUCAUGGAUAUGACACUGAGAUGAUCUUAGAUAUAGAAGUGUUAUCAUUUCAUAGGUAGUUAUUCCAAGUACACAGAGUUAGAUCACGUACAUGUUCACUAGAUGGAGUUAGUUUGAACUGAGCGAUAAAUUUUCGAAGAAAUCGUUAUAGUUGUUACGUGUUUGACCAGAUGUAGCCUCAGGCCUUCUAGUUCAAUAAAGUUUCUUUCAAAGAGAAACAGGUGAAGAAUUGUUUCCCUGAAACCGCUGGAGUCGAGUUCUGCAAUUUGCAAAGGGUAAGUCCCAGAUCGUCUUAGAUCUAACAGCAACCAUUUGAUUCGGAGUCAUUCUGAUUCAACUGGACCAGAUCUACCUGGGUGUUACAAUGGAGAUUUUCGCCAGUAUCGUGUAGAAUCGGCCAAGAAUUGAACGAAAAGGUAGAAGAUGACCGUGUUAAGCUGUCGUUCGAGACGAUAUAGACAAUAGGAAUCACUCAAAAUCAGGCUACUUUUGAGCAGAAAAAUGAUGAUUUGUAAAUUCAAACCAUGAGUCGCUUGAUGAGCCACUGAGAUAAUUUUGAAAGUGAAAUAGGUAGAGAAUUAGGUACUUCAAGCCUUCAAACCCAUCGAAUGGGUCACUGAGAUUGUUUUGAAGAUCUCGCAUUCAGGAGCGCUCUUAUUGUUUACAUUACGGUUAAACGUUCAACACUAGCUCCUUUCAGUAAGCGUUGUCGUACUUCGCGCAACAUGUUCACAAGAUGGCGGUAGUUCGAAGAAAUCGUUCCAGUUGUUACGUCUGUGACCCAAGGUGUAGAAUCAUGUGCCUCCUCAAGCUUUCAAGAUUUCAGAAUGAGUAUGGUGGAUGAGAUGGUUCUGGGUUAAGUGAUGUUCAAGCGUCACUCUAUCGUCCCAAAAUCAAGUUGCCUUGAAGGAGAUAUAUAUGUAGAAUUGUCCCCAAAGCUACUGGAAUGAAAUGGUGCGUUGCGAACCUCUUGGUUGUGUCACUGAGAUGGUCUUAGAUGUAGAAAUGUUAACAUUUCAUUGUAUGGGAGCCAUUCCAAGCACACAUGGCAAAAUGCUGACCAGAUGGCGGUAGUUUGACCUUGAGCUUUACAUUUUCAAAGCCAUCGCUCUAGUUGUUACAUCUUUGAGCAGGUGUAGAACCAUGUACCUCAGGCCUUCAAGGUAUUUCGCUCAUUUAGAAGUAUAGUCUUCAAACCAUUUACAGGUGUAGAAUUGUUCACCGGAAAAAAGUAAGUUACUUGACCAACAUUUACCUCCGGAAAAUACCUCAUCUCAGAAACGGCCCCUGAUGAAGAAGUGAGGUUCGGUUGAACCUCAAGUAGACAGGUGUGAAAUUGAACCCCACCGGCUCAAAUCCUCUUACCAUUACGCAAGUAUUCGAUUUCCCAAUGAAGAAGUUUUGUUCGAUUCAGGUGUAGAGCAUUCUAAACCGUCAAGGUAUCUGAAUAAGUUACUGCGAUAGUUCUGAAUAAAGAAGUAAGAUUCAAUCAAGUUUCUUUUGAAGAUAUACAGGUAAAGAAUUGUUCUUUCGAAACCGCUGGAGUCGAGUCCUACAAUUCGAACCGGCAGAGGACAAGUCACAGCAAUUGCCCUAGAUCUACCAGCAAUCAUUUGAUUCAGAGCCAUUCUAGGAGCCACUGGACAAAAUCUACCCAGGUAACUAGUUCAAAAAAUAUACGAAAAGGCAGAAGAUUACCGUAUUCUUAAGAACAUAUCUCCCAAUUAACAGGUGCAAAAUUGUUCCCUCAAAAAUGUUUCAUCUUCGAUUCAAAAAGAAGCCUCUCUAAACUGUGAGGAGUAUCCUCCCGAGACUCUGAAGAGAAUUUUCUAAGGACUCUAAGGAGAAUGAAUUUUAUGAAGAGAACACUUCGGGGUUCUGAGAAAAAUCAUUUCCGGAUUCUGAAAAGAAUCCUCUUCGGAUUCUGACAAGAAUUCCUUAAGGAUUUUGAGGAUAAUUAUUUUAGGAUUCUGAGGAGAAUCCUCUCAGAAUUGUGAAGAGAAUCCUCUCAGGAUUCUGAGUACAAUCCUACCAAAAAUCGUAGUAAUUCUCAGGAUUCUGAGGAGAAUCAUCUUAGGACUCUGAAGAAAAUCCUUUCAAGAUUUUGAGGAGAAUCCUCUCAAGAUUCUGAGGAGAAUCCUCUCAGGAUUCUGUGGAAAAUUCACUCAAUAUUCUGAAGAGAAUCCUGUAAGGAUUAUGAGGUGAAUCCUCUCAGGAUUCUGAAGAAAAUUCUCUCAGGAUUCUGAGAAGAAUCCUCUUCGAAUUCUGAAAAGAAUCCUCUUCGGAUUCUGAGAAAAAUCCUCUUCGGAUUCAGAGAAGAAUCCUCUUCGGAUUUUGAAAAGAGUCCUCUCCAUAUUCUGAGAAGAAUCCUUUCUAGAUUCUGGGGAGAAUCUUCUAAGAAUUCUGAGGGGAAUCCUUCCAGGAUUCUGAGGAGAAUUCUCUACGGAUUCUGAGGAGAAUCCCCUCAGGAUGAUGAGAAUCCUCUUAAGAUUUUGAACAGAAAUCAGGAUUCUGAGGGGAAUCCUCUCCAGAUUAUGAGGAAAAUCCUCUCAGGAUUCUGAGGAGAAUCGUUUAAGGAUUCUGAGGAGAAUCUGUUUAUGCUCUCUGGAUUAUAAGGAGAAUCCUCUCAGGAGUUUGAGGAGAAUCCUCUCAAGAUUGGAUAAGUGUAGAAUUUCAUAUCGUCAUUAUGCCUUUAUAUAACCUUUGACAGUUAGGUGAGGAACAGAUCGCUUUAAUCGGUAUUCUUUCCUCGGAUCCAAUAUUCAAGAACAAUAAAUCGAAAUCUCAUAGUCUACGGGUUCACUUUUUAUUCUAUUCUUAUGAAAUUCCAUUGAAGGAUUGCCAAUUUCAUCGACACAUUAGGUGUGGAAUUGUUCACCUUUUACUUUCAAGCAAUCUUCAACAGAAAUACACAUUUUCUACGCUACUUGAAAGGCACAUUUUCAACUUUCUUACUUUCCACCUAAAAAGUCUAUAAACAAAACAAAAUUUCACCAAUUUCAACGAAAAGAAUGAAAAAAGUUCGUCGCAAAUGUAUCGCUCUUUUGUCGUAAAACCACUUUCUCACAAACAUUCACAUACGAAAGCACUCACUCAUACAGACACCGGCAGCGAGGCACACACACACUAGCAAAGAAAAUCUAGAGAAUAGACAAAACAAAAAUGCGAAUCAAAAAAAACGAAACGUAACAAAUCAAAUAGACGAAUAGACGCGUAUAAAGUGAAAAGAAACCCCGAAACAAAAUGUGUCUCCAAGAUAGCCAAAAUGACAAAAUUGUAAGUAACCCCUUUGACAACAGCGUCACAGUUAGGCAACGCUAGGCUGUACCAAUUAUAUAAUUGUGUUUAGAAGAGACCUAAAGAAAGACAAAAAAAGCAGUAGUUUAUUGUUUUUGUUUCCCUUUUUUGUCAAUUCUAUAGAGAUCAAAGAGUAAAUCGACAAGAGUCAAUUGAUGCCACCUAUAGGUACCGUUGCACCGACCGACAUACAGAUGGCGGCACUGAUUUGAGUUUGAAAGUUCUAAAACAAAAUGGCGGAAAACUGAGUGACCGUUGAUUCUCGCGAAACGACCAAAUCGGUUAGAUAGUAUGGGAAAAAGGCGUGGGCGGUUAAGGGGAAAACUGAAUGGUGACCGCGUCGCGUUUUUUGAGAUGAAGAUGGAGUUAAUAGUUGUGAUUUUUAUUGUUAGACAAAAGGGAAAGCGGAAGAUGUUUGAGGGUGUAGAACACAAUUCGGCAUCGGGAAAAGAUCAAGCUUCCACGUUUAUUAGAUUGUUAUUUUGAUGAAAUCUUUCUGACUUGUUUUCCGUGAUACUGAUUAGUUUUUUAGGUUAGAAAUUGGGUUAAGAUAAAAUUGGAGCAAUUCCCAAACCGAGUGCAAUAUUUCAAAUCGUAAUGGACUUUUCUUUGUAUUUCCGUUUCUUCGUGUGUUAGUUGAGAUUCGUUGACAGACGGCUGUCAACGGCGGGGAAGCUUGAUCUACCAGCCGGUGUCGAAUUGGUGUCCUCCAGAACGCUGUACCGAACACGAUUUUACGGGGAUAAAUACACAUUGCCAAGAGCUAGUAGCACCCUAAGUGUAAUAGAAACUUAUUGUUGGCUGUUUUUGUGCGGAAAAUGCAGAAAAUUCACAUGAAAUAUCCAUAUCAUUGACGUUUGACACUUACGGACAAAGGCCAGGUGUGGAAUUGUUCACCCCUUCGGGUAAAUGGUUUGAUUUGUUUUUGUUUGCACUCACACAUACACAUUAACGCAGAAUGACGCAUAUAUUGAUAUCAAGGCCUACUCAGCGUAAGCGAAACUAGGAAAAAACGACAGAUCAAAACCCCAUCAGCAUCAUGAAGCGAUACACACUCUAAUCAGUAAAAGGAGAGAAAUAAGAACAAUUCCAGUGUUUAACAAACCAAAACAAAUAAAAAUAGAUAAAUGUUUACAAUUUAAGACACUCAACCAACACAAAACAGAUCAAUCACAGGCGUUCAAGAAGCAUACAUAUGAUUGUGAAUUUUUUGAUUGCAAACUUUUACACAAACAAUAAACCGAAUUAACUGCAGAGUAAAACAAAAGAGAUCAACAGGUGUUAUAUUUGAGACUUUAGCGUUAAAUUGACAAAAUCUGCGGCGGCGGAGUACCGUCGCAUCAGAGAAAGCGAUUGUUCAUAUUAUACUUAACAUGUAGGGAAAGGUACCAUUAGAGAAAAUCUUCAAUCGCUACCACAUAGGAAUUACUCCUCCUCAAAGAAAUCUUAAAAAAAUAAACACUCGAUAAAAUGACAACUUGAAUUCGGAACAGUUUCCCAUAUCAAUCUAUUCUUUCUUCCUUCCUACCAUACUGGCAACACUGCGCUCUAAAAAUCGACAACCCUGCGCUUCGGUAUAGCAUUUCAAUUUCUAACGGUAACGGAACGGUAACCUUCUGUGCUUGUUGAUCUUCCUCUAUUUCCCAUUCGAAAACACAUCAAUUUUACCACCACAUAGGCCCACGAGUGCACACAUAUCAAAAAAUCUAAAACAACACAUUUCCCAAACAACGCUACUCACCCCACAAGCUCUAAGCACCUUUUUCUUCUUCUAUCGCUGGCUGAGCUGGCUGACUAAAGCUGCGCUUCACGAUGUUCGUUCCUAUUUACUUCUCUUCCACAUUCUAACCACUUGUUCUCUGGAUCCGUGUAUUCAUCUGAAAACAGAAAAGAAAAAUCAAAACUAUAAAAAACAAGUUAAGUCAAAACAAAGAGAGCUUUAAUCGAAGAAAAAGGCAACCAACCAAAAAGGGAAGAGUAACAUAGAAGAACAAACAUUAAAAGACAUUAAACAAGCCCUAAAACUAUACGCAAAAUGCAAACAAGAAGAAUUGAGAGUAGUAGGAACAAAGAAACAACAAAAAAACGUGGGUAGAGAUAGCGAAAAAAACACUUACAUACACAUACAAAAGAAAACACUAGAGUAUAGCCAAAAAAGUAAAAAGUCUCGCGACCGACUGGAGUUGGCAGCGAGAGGCGAGAGAACACUCUCCACAACUAAUCUUCUCAAAGAAGAACAAAAAAAAACAAACAAAACAAGAGAGAACAAGAGAGAUUAUGAAAUAUUAUGUUGUAGGUAAACUAAAAUAUAUUAUUGAAGGAAAUUGUACUUUUACGAUUUAGAGGGUAGAAUUGAAAGUGGAAGCGAGAUUGAGAGAAACUCUCAUCUGACCGGGAAGAACCAGUUACACACACGCAGAAAAUAACACACACACAAUCAAAAAUAGAGGAAGCCGUUAGUAAAUUGAAUGUGACUACACUGAACAGAAUCAAAGCAGAACGCAGCAAAUUAAAGGAACAAAUUGACAUUCAUUUAGUGAAUGAGAUGUGUAAUAGCUGAAUAAAACGCAGAAUCAGUAGCUUAAAACCAGGAUAGAAACAAAAGAAGAAAAAACUAAGCGAAACCAAUCAUGGAGGGAAGAAAGUGAUAGACACGGUUGCACAAUUGGCCAAAC